ACGGCGGCGCUGGGGGAACCGUCGCCAGCCCCUCCGCCCCUUGUCAGAGGGCUGCGAAGGGAGGACGCGAGGGCGGAGGGAAGCCCCCAGUGCCGCUGCCGGGCAUGCGCGGCGCCCCAGGAACAUGGCGGAGGCGGCGGCGUGAAUCCAGGCGACGGGAGCGGCGCGCAGCUGACAGACACGCGAGCCGCGCCGCCAGCGCGUUCAGGGACCGGCGGCUCCUUGCCUUUCGAGUUGCACUGAAAAAGAAGAGUGAACUUUCUUGCAGCAUUCAUGUUUUUAUUGUGAAAGGGAGGACAAGACUUUUAACAUGGGGAAAACAGCAGCUAAAGAUUCUAAGAGUAUUAAAAAAGAAAAACAUGGGAACAGUAAUAUGUCAAGCAACCAAUUGUCACAUAAUGACUAUUUCAACUGGGAUAACUACCUGAAAGAAACAGGAUCCAUAGCUGCUCCCUCACAUUGUUUCAGACAGUCUAGGAUUCCACCUAGCAAUGAUUUCAAAGUGGGGAUGAAAUUGGAAGCUCAUGACCCUCGCAAUGUUACCUCAGUGUGUAUAGCUACAGUUAUUGGAAUCACGGGUGCCAGAUUAAGGUUGCGACUUGAUGGAAGUGACAACAAGAAUGACUUUUGGAGGCUGGUGGAUUCAUCUGACAUACAACAAAUUGGAACCUGUGAGAAAAAAGGAGGCAUGCUUCAGCCACCACUAGGGUUCCAGAUGAAUGCAUCUUCUUGGCCAAUGUUCCUCUUAAGAACACUAAAUGGAGCUGAAAUGGCCCCUGCAUCAUUUUUUAAGAAGGAACCUCUGAAACCUUCUCCAAACUGUUUUAAAGUUGGAAUGAAGCUAGAAGCAAUAGACAGGAAAAACCCUUAUUUAAUAUGUCCUGCAACCAUUGGGGGUGUUAAAGGCGAUGAAGUUUUUAUUACUUUUGAUGGAUGGCGAGGGGCAUUUGACUAUUGGUGCAAAUAUGAUUCCCGAGAUAUCUUUCCAGUUGGAUGGUGUGACUUAACAGGAGACGCUCUGCAACCACCAGGGAACAGUGUUUCUAGUACAAAGAAUAAUACAAAAACCCAGAGUUCCCCAUCCAAAGUGACUCGACGCUCCAUGCAGUCUCCACAGAAAUCAGCUGCUCCAGUUCCUGCUCCUACACCAAGAGGCAGGAAACCGAGUCGUGGAAAACCACCAGCUCCAUCUGCAGUCCUUAGGAAAGGCAGGUCUCCCAAAACUAUUCCUGUGUCAAAAAACGCAUCUCAUAAGGAAAAUCUCAAAAAAAGGAAAAAAGGCUUAAAGCCAGGAAGGAAGAAAAAAAUCUUACCAGUGCAGUCUCCAGUAUUUUCUCCUCCCCUUACUUCUGCAAAAGUGGACAACAGCACCUCUCAGAUACAUAAAGAUGGGCCUAUCAGUGGUUCAAUGGCAGCUGUCAUUUCAACAGUUUGUGUCUAUGUUAACAAACAUGGAAACUCUGGGCCUCAUCUGGAUAAAAAGAAGGUUCAGCAGCUUCCUGAUCACUUUGGACCAGGUCCUGUGAAUGUGGUGCUUCAGCAAGCUGUGCAGGCCUGCGUAGAUUGUGCCUAUCAAUCAAAAACUGUCUUUGGAUUCCUCAAGUCAGGACAUCAUGCAGGAGAGAUGAUCACAGCUUCAUUUGAUGGGGAGAAGCAUGCCAUCAGUCUUCCUUCCGUAAACAGUGCAUCGUUUGUCCUGCGCUUCUUGGAGAAACUCUGCCACAGCCUCCAGUGUGAUAAUCUUUUUAGUAGCCAGCCCUUUAGUCCUUUCAUGGGAAGUGCACAUAGUCCAACAGAAUAUGAUCGAAACAAGCCAGCAAAAGAGGAAAUCUCAGACAAUAGAAGUGCAAAGCGGUAUUCUCAGGAUUCACCACCUUAUACUGUCCCCCUGUCUCCUAAACUCCCAAGAACUGAAGCCCACCCAUCAGAAGCAGAAAUCCUGCCCAGUGAAGAAAAUGGCACCCCCAAAGAACACAGGUUUUCUGAGGACUCAAUGGAUUCUGCACUAAAUUCAGUUAAUCCUUCAAGCCCAAACUGCCGGAAUUCCACUGAAUGUCGUACCUCAGGGAGUGUAGCCUAUUACAGGAAUUCUCUUCCGCCAGUGACUGCUACCUCAAACACAGCACCAAUCCUGCGGAGACUAUCAUCAAGUUCUGCUGGGAACAACAGUUACUAUGAAGUCAACAGGAACAGACUGCAAAGGAGGAUUGAAGCUGCAAGCUCUACAACAGGACCUGACCUCAGUGCAUUAAAAAGGGAGCCUUCCCGUUUACACAGUAAGGACCCCACAACAUGGUCGAUAGAUGAAGUGAUGCGAUUUGUGAAAGAAGCUGAUCCUCAGGCAUUAGCACCCCAUGCAGAACUCUUCAGAAGACAUAAUAACAACAUACUAUUUAUCAGGAAAUUGAUGGAAAAGCUCUGCUGUUACUGAGGAGUGAUAUGAUAAUGAAAUAUAUGGGGCUAAAGUUGGGGCCAGCAUUAAAGCUGUGUUACCACAUUGAGCGACUUAAACAAGGAAAGUACUAGACAAUGGAUGCACAAUGAUAAGGUUAUGUGUUUCGCUGACAACCUCUUAGGUUCACAAAAUGGGAAGGGGCAUAAUACAGAAGGAACCUUGGCUGACCAAGUGACUGAAAAGGAUGGAGGAUGGUCCGAUUCGCUUCAACAGAACAAGUUUCCAGCAACUUGCGUUCAGUGUUCUAUUUAAAAAGUAUGGUCUGAAACCAUACUGGUUGGGAUAGAUUUCUUCUCAAAAUAGGAAAUUUGUUGUAAAGGGAAAUGUUUUACAUUUUACUAUUUAAUUACUUUUUUAAGGUGCAGGGGGAAAGGCAGUGCUGGGAGUAUUUAUACUGGAAGCUGCCAAAUGUAUUCUCAACUGUUUGGCUUCAGCUGGUGCAUUUUCAUUCAGAACCAAAACAGCUGAAUUCCAAAGGAUUUUAAAAAUAAUCAGGAUCUGAAAGUUUUUGCAGAGGUGGUUGGAUUAGUAUGAUAAAGUGGGAAAAGAUGAUAAUGUUUGUGCUGAUUUAACUCCUCAGUUACUAUUUUAUAUCUGGUACUCCAGGAGGUUCAUAUUCAGAUUAUGCUAUAUAGAUUUCCACAAAGGGAACAGCCAUAUGAAUUGUUCUGUGCGGGUGUGCUGUGUGUUUAAAAACAAAUAAGCUUUUAUCAAACUAUAGUUUUAAAUUAUGAGGGGAAAUUUUGCAGUAUGUUGACAAUUUAAGCUGGCAGUAUUCCAUUUUUUGAGAAGGAAGUUCUCAUGGCUUAUUUGAGUGUGAAUCCAGAUGAAUAAACAGAUUUCCAGCUUGCUGAAUGGAAUAUAUCACCUACCAUUUUAAAACAUUCCAUCUCUGCAGAGCUCAGCAUGAACCUAUGUUCAUGUACUUGCGUAUUUAUGUGUGUCUGUGUGGGUGUGGUACAUGCAUAUAUAUUGUACAUAGUGUUCGAUUUUUUAAAAAGUCUUUUAAAAGGUACUUUUUGCACUGUGACAUAUGAAACUGUAGAGAUCAACUUUUUAGCAGUAAAAAACAAACAUACACACCGACCUUUUGGCCUCAGUUCACACAGUAUCAGGCUAUGUAGAUCCUGCUGUGCACUAGAAUAUAGUAUAUAGAUAACAUAGAUAACAACAUCACACGGCUAGAUCAGUGUUCAAGAUUGCCUGCUGGAGGCCAGUAUGGAGAGGGGAAGGAAAGGGCCUGGAUCCACUUCCUCUAGCGCAGGGGUCUCAAACUCACCUUCCCUGGGGGCUGCUGGAAGUAGAGUCUGGGUGAGGCUGGGCUGCAUCAAGGAUUCCACCACCGCGGUGGUGGUGGGCCGCUCAUCCCACGGCGCUUUGAAGGCCGCAGGGCCCCUCCGCUGUGCCCCGUCCAUCCCGGCAACUGCCCCGCGGGCCGCGAGUUUGAGACCCCUGCUCUAGCGCUCCACUGCAGAUGAUUUCUCGCUGGCAGGACUGACUAGACAAGUUCUGUGUAGUCCUUAGGUGAAGGUAUUUCUGCAUGUGCAGCUUUAAGUACUAGGUGCAAGGAUUUUGUCCCACAGCACCUUUGCAACAUGUAGAUGGCCUUUGUCGGCUAACAAUAUGUCCUCUUUCUUUUAACUAAUGCCUGUCCGCAUUAUGGAAGGGGAUAAGAAACAAUCAAUCAAUGGACAGGGAGCUCAUAGGAGGCAAUUCCCUGCACUAUGCAAUAUUCUGAAGUCUCAUGUUAUGCUGAGCCAUUGUUUUGGGAAAACUUCUGGAAAAGAAUGGGGUGACAUUGUUCUGAUUGUGUCUUUUUUUUUUUUCUUCUCCAACUUCAUUGAAAUAUAAAAAAUGAAGAUUUUUAAAUGAUGCUGAAUUCUGUAUGAAUGUGUGUAUUUUACCGAAACUUUGGUGCUCUUUCUAUAAGCUACAAGAAGUGUGGAUAGUGAAACAGUUGCUGUCACUGCCAAUAUAAUAUCAGGGACAAUUAUGUACAAUUUCUGAGUAGGGAACUGAAUGUACUGUAUGUAAUAGUACAAGUGAUGGUAGAAAAAACAUAGUCCUAAAAGGAGGAUAGAUUUUAUAUUUCUUACUGCCUUUUUAUAUCAAAAGCUUCUAGUUAAAGGGAAAAAAGUAUUUUUUACACAUUACUCAAUGGAAAAUGCCUUGCUUAUUGGUAUACUUAAAUGCUCAGGUUUCACAAAAUACUGCAAAUUCAUAAAACCAUUUUCAGAUGUAUGCAUUUCUGUAAAUGACUGCAGUGUGAUUUAAAUAAUUUCACUCUGGAAGCGUGUCUUUAUGAUGAGAAGCCUAUUAAAAAUUCACUAUGCCAGCUAAAAAGUUGCUUCUGCUGUGAGUGUACAAACCAUUUCCCCACCCUGAUAGAGCUUUACAACAUUGUUGCAAAUACAUAAGUUCAUGCAUUUGUUUAGAAACUAGCAGAAAGGCUUGCAGUACCUUUUACGAAUGCUUCAUAUGCAAGUGUUUUUCGGUAGACAUUACACAAGCACAUACAUUCAUCUCAAUGACAGUCCCAAGGAUAGUAGGUAUGUGGUAUAGUUAUUGAUGGUUGUGAUCUUUAGGAACCAUUUUUUGCAGCUUUCAGCUAGGCUGCUUUAGACAGAUAUAGCCACUCAAGGAAUUGUCAAAUUACUUUUUGAACUUGAAGAAAAUCACAUGCUGCAGAGUUAACACCACUUCCAUAAAGGAUGCUUGGAUCAUCUUGUCUGCAGUGUCACACUUCUGAAUGCUGCUUAUGUACAAAACAGGUGGAUGAAAGACACUGUAAAAACUAACAUAUAUUUGAAUCAGUGUGAAUCAGUCCAUUCACUGAUAUAGAAUAUUAAAAAUUGAUUAGUUUAUGAAGGAAAUGAAAGCAUUGCAUGCAUGUGCUUAUUUCCUCUACUUGAUGAAAAGUAUCACAACACAAUGCAAUUGAGUUAUAUAAGCUACAGAUGGUUUUAAAAUACUCCAAACAAAACCUUUAUAGAAUGAGACACUAAUGCAUUUGGCUGAUGUGCUGUGUUCGUUACUAUUGAAGAGUACGAAGUGUAUGUACUGCAGCAAAUACAUACAUCUCUACAAGAACAAAGAUGCCUACUGACAUUUUCUUACAAGAGCAUGAUAUCAAAGUCUGUCAAGUGUUUGUAACAGAAUAUAUUAAUUCUUUAUUUUCAACUGGAUGUUCUCAUCUAAGCGGAAAAUAAAACUUGUUCAGUGUU